AUGCCGCCCAAAACUUCACCGCAAACCGAGGAAUCCGUGCUAGACGGGGCCAAUGAGUCGCAAGACACCCUGUUGGUGGCGCAUAGGCUCAUGAUGGACUUCGGUGUCGGCCUGAGGAGCACCUCUCCUGCACCAGGAGAAGCGAUAUCCCUCCCUUCUCCCAGUCGAAGCUGCCCUCCCAGCGACGCAGCCGGGAAAAGCAGUAAGUCCGAUUUUGAGCUCCAUCAGACGCGGGGUACGCGCUUCGAAAUCACCGAGCAACGUCGGCGUUCGUCGGUGCCAGAGUCCCAAGACCUUGGUCUUCCAAACGGUGUUUUGCGUGCUCAUGUCCGACCAGACUGGGAUGCUCAGAAUGAGAGCGACGCUGCGGGCCACCUGAACCUCCCCGACACCUUUCCCGUUUCGGCCGCGAUUGACGGCGUUUCGCGGAGGAGGAUCAUGGACUCGACCCAGGCCUCCACUCAAUCAAACGCUGGCCGCAGCUACGACAAGUAUUACCAGCCUCUAUUGCAAGGUCACGUAGCGCCCAAGGAACCGGAACCCCCCAAGAGGAAUUCCCCGGAACCACGUGACGUGAAUGGCGAAGACACUGGUCUGACGUUCGAUUUUGCCAACACCGUUGUUACCGCUAAGGCCGUCUCCCCGGCUCAGGACGACUCUGGGCUUGUGCAAUUCGGCAAUCUUGCCCACUCUCAGCAUGCAACUUCGCAGAAAACAGAGUCCCCAACCCAAGAUCUGCCGGAAACCCCGGCACCGCCUCAGAAUCCGUUUCGGCACAACCGAUCCGAGCUUCUUCCAACAUCACAACUAUUUCGAGGGACGCAAUCCUCGUCUCCAGUUAAGCAUGCCAGCCCUACGUCGUCACGACCCUCGCCGGUUGACUUCCCUGGCGAUACAAUCUCUCCGAAGCCCGUCGUGUCAUCACCAUUGAAGGCUCGUGGCCUGCGUUCUUCACCCACCAACGAUAUCCUAUCAAGCCCGGAUAAUCCCGUUGUCCCAGAGUCCUCUCACGAUGGGCUUGCCAGCAAGUGGUCGGGUCACCAACCGAUGACUUCAUAUGAGCCAAUGCACAAGUCUCAAGAGCGGCGGUCAACAUCCGUGACUGGGACCGACCUUGUGAAUUCUGAGGACGAGGACUCGCACGACUCCAUAUUGAGACGGAGAAGAGCAAAGCAUAAAAAGGAAGCAGCUCUGAGGCAACUGACUGCCAUUACCUUCCCGCGACCGACAAAGCCGGAGGACGUAGAGGUCCCCGCGACAAGUCAACGUAGGCGAACAAGUCAGGCGGAGGCAUAUGUCCGAUCUUAUGACCAUGAGCCGAUAACUCAGUGCUCCGGAACUACUGAAGCCCAGACAAUGUCUCGGCAGAAUCGUCCGCAGCCUGUGAAGAAUCAGCCUCAGGUGGACGAAGACUCGACUCAGUCGGACGUAGAAGAUGAGGCAGUUUCCGCUAGCAAUCCGAUAGCGAGCAUGCUCCUUGAGCGUACGCAAACGUCAACCAUGUCGGGCCCUCUAGCUGCCCGAGGCGCCGACAACGAAGGCACGUCUAACGGAGACGCCAUCCCGGAGACGAGUCCAACCGGCAAAAUCCUCAACACCCUCCCGGCGAUAGCACCGUCCAGCGAACCUGCUCCGUCAGCAGUCGGGUCGACAGGAGAUUUUCGGUCCUCUCCGCCAGCGUUCAGCACAAGGUCCCGAAAGGGCAAUGGCGGAAGACGGUACCAAAGAGUGCCAAGUUCGUCCUCGACUCUUAGUGAUCUAACAUCAACACCUCAGCUUCCGUCUAGCAAUUACCUUGGGAGUGCGAGCACUGCUCCGCCGGAUUCUCCAACAGGGUCUACCAUAGCGGCCAGCUCUUCCCCAGCCGCUGCUCAGACAAAGAGACGCGAUGCGCGAGGGCGACUGCCAGUAAUCAAAACAGGUUCAACUGAAAGCCUCAGACAGGCGGCGAGGGUAACUCGGAGGGGUUCUAAUUCGACUGAUGAACUUGCGCGAUCAAUAUCCGGAACGCCGACGUUCGAGCAAAGCUUGCGCGUGUCUCGGAUGUCUACGUCCAGAUCAGCAUCGCGGUCGGGAGGCGGUGUCAUGAAACCGCCGACCAUGCGAGACCAAAAAUUGUUUGACAAUAUGGCGUUCGCCAUAUCAUUUCAAUCAAGAAAGCCCGGCGAGAGCAACGAUCAGUACAAAUCCCGGGUGGACUUCUCAAUCGCGAUCCAAAAACGGAUCAAACAAGCCGGCGGCAGGAUCCUAGAACAUGGCUUCGACGAGCUUUUUGAGCCCUUGUCCUUGGAGACUCCAUCCAGCAGCCCUGCGUCAACGCCUGACGCAAAAACUGAGAUCAGCCUCACCCCCGAGGGCCGUAGGACGGGAUUCACCGCCCUGAUAGCUGACGGGCAUUCUCGCAAGGUCAAGUACAUGCAAGCACUGGCCCUCGGAUUGCCGUGUAUUGCAGCCCGCUGGGUCACGACUUGUCUCGAGAGGAACGAGCUUGUCGACUGGACGCCCUACCUCCUCUGCGCCGGCCAAUCGGCCUUCCUCGGUGACGCCAUCCGGUCUAGAAGCCUCUCGCCGUACGACGCUUCAACAGCCAGCCUCGCCGAUAUCAUUGGGCGGCGCGAGAAGCUGCUAGAGGGAAGCAGGAUCCUCGCCGUGGUGAAGAAGUCCCUGGAGGAGAGAAAGAUGGCCUAUGUCUUCUUGGCGCGGGUGUUGGGCGCAUCCUUAACGAGGGUCCAUAGUGUCGAGCAGGCAAGGGCAGAAAUAAAAGCCGCCGAUGAAGGCGGGCAGCCGUUUGAUUGGGUGUACGUGGAUGGAAAACCGGAUGAGGAGGCGCUAUUUGCUAGAGGGUCAGUGGGCGGCAAGAAGAGGAAGAGGGCGGGAUCGGUAGCAAGUUCGGCCGUAGGGCCUCCCAUGAAGAGGAUUCGAACGCUUAGCGAUGAGUUGGUGAUACAAAGUCUUAUUUUGGGAAGGCUUAUUGAGGAGGGAGAGAUGAAUAGCUAA